AAGCACAUCUCCCUUCCCCAAUCUCCUCCUCUUUGAGGAAAUCCAUAGCUUAUUGCUUCAUUCACUCAUGGCUUUAAAGAUCAAUGCAUCUCUUCUACUUUUCAUCCUCCUCCUUGUUCCUUUGUUAUCUUCAGGCAUGGAUGAAGGCUUCAAAGAUGGCAUGAUCCCUAAACACUCACUUUAUAAGUAUGAAGGUGAGCGAAUGAAUAUUGCAAGGAAGCUUCUGGUUUCAGAACAUGCAGUAGGGCUGGAUUAUGAUGAUGCAGGAGCUAACACAAAGCAUGAUCCUCCAAAGAAAAAACCUCCAGUUGGUGGAGCCAAGCCUUGAAGAUACUAAUCAAUCAAUUAAUUAAUUAAUUAAUAAUAAGAUAAUAGAAAUUAUUAAUUACUGCUUCUCAGUGUCUCUGAUCCCAGAGGUUUUGAUCAUCAUGUAUGGGAAGAGUCCAAAUAUUAUUAUUUGCAUAUUUUAAAUGAGAUUAUUCGGUGACAAUAAUAUGCUCAUUCCUCACUACCUACUACUUGUGGGGUGUAUAAAUUAAAAGUCUUUAAAUUAUAUAUGAUUUUGCAUUGUAUUUAAUUAUAUAUACAACAUAUGUAAGCUCUUAUUUGGCUACUGCGACAUGUUGUAAUAUUACAAUAAAUGAAGUUCUUGAA